GGACAGCCCGGCCGCUGGCGCCCAGGGGACGGAGCAAGAUGUCCAGAGGAUAAUAAGAGCCGUGAACGAAUGCCUGGCGGCUCUUCCUCGGCAGCAGCUGCAAAGAGUGAGCCGCGUCGGUAUUUCGGGACAAAUGCACGGGGUCGUGUUCUGGAAAAGAAAUCAAGGUUGCAGCUGGACGGAGAGUGGAACAGGUUCUACCUGGGAGCCUGCAGCAGUCAGUCACCUGGUUACAUGGCAGGACAGCCGGUGCAGCUGCAGCUUCCUCUCUUCGCUUCCUCAACCCCAGUCACACAUCAGCUUGGCCACAGGAUUCGGGUGUGCCACCAUCUUCUGGUAUUUAAAAAACAACCCUGACUUUCUGAAGUCCUACGAUGCGGCUGGUACCAUCCAUGACUACGUGGUUGCAAUGCUGUGUGACCUGGAGAAGCCGCUGAUGUCUGUCCAGAAUGCUGCCAGCUGGGGAUAUUUCAGUUCCAGAAGUAAAAGCUGGAACACUGAGAUCUUGAGAGAGUCCGGUUUUCCCAUUCACUUGCUUCCUGAAGUGGGUGACCCUGGCGACGUUGCCGGAAGGAUGUCCCGUGGCUGGCAUGGAAUUCCAAAGGGAGCAGAAGUGGGACUGGCCCUGGGAGAUUUCCAGUGCUCUGUGUACUCCUGUCUGGCCGAGAGGAGUGAUGCAGUUCUCAACAUCAGCACCUCUGCUCAGCUCACCGUCUCCAUGCCUUGGGGGUUCCAGCCUGCAGAGACACCUGAUUCUUCAUCAAGCGUUGCUUAUUUCCCUUAUUUUGAUGGCCACUAUCUGGCUGUGGCAGCCUCGCUGAACGGGGGCAAUGUGCUGGCGACGUUUGUGAAUAUGCUGGGCCAGUGGAUGGCAGAGUUGGGGCUUGAAGUUCUGGAGUCCACGCUCUACACACGAACAAUCAAAGCAGCCUUGGCCCAAAGGGACACCGGACUCUCAAUUUGCCCCACUGUGUUUGGGGAAAGGCAUGUACCGGAGCAGCUGGCUUCGGUGACGGGCAUCGCCGCCUCUGACCUCUCUCUAGGUCACGUGACCAGAGGUCUGUGCCGCGGGAUCGUUCAAAACCUGCGUUCCAUGUUGCCAGCGGAGUGCCUGAGGGAGGCAGGAGUGAAGAGGAUCCUGGGAAGCGGGAGCGCCCUCUCCAGAAACGAAGUCCUGAGGCAGGAGGUAGAGGGAGCGUUCCCGUUUCCCGUGGUCUACGGGAAGGACGUGGACGCGGCAGUUGGCGCGGCCCUGGUGAUGCUGCACAGAAGAUGAAGGCAUGGCUCGAGCAGCCUGGCCGGCUUUUGUCUACUGGACGUGGAUUUUCUUUGCUGCUCACUGUUGCUGGAGGGGCCUUUGAUCUGCCCUCCCUCCCUCUCCUCUCCUCCUGGGGAAAAGCUGCCUGCUUUCAUAUCCCUUUCUGCUUCUGACUGUACCCUCCAUUCCCUUACACUGGCAUUCCCAAUUGUGCAAUGAGGGCUAAUUACCACAUGAAAUGUGAAUGGAAAGUGCCCAUUAAUUUUGCUUCAGAUUCCUCAUCAGUGGUAUUUUCCUUGAAUGGGUGAGGGAAACCAGCGUCUGUUCACCACUGUCUGUUGGCUUUGUUUUGCAAAGUGAUUAAGAUUUUUUUUAAUCGACUCUUUCCAUGUGCAGUGGCACCCCCAUCUUGUGUGGUGCCUCUUUAAUAAAGAUCAAAUCAUCACUU